AUGCAACAAAAGGAUGUAUGCCCCUCGUACGAGGAGGCGAAGCGGAAUAUUGAGGAGAACAAAUGCUCUUUGGAUGUGUUUAAGCCGGUGGACGGUGGCCGCCUGAGCAACCUUCUGAAAUGUUCUGUUGACGGGGGCGCGAUUACUUUUGAUGGGAUUCUGCCAGAUGGCCGGCAUAAACUGACUGCAGCUGGAAAACUGGGGGAAUUAGAUUCCUUUCGCGAGUAUCUACUGACGCUUAAUUUAACCUACGCGAAGUACGGAUUGCAUUUCGGCGCUGAAGAGACAAUAAUUGUCAACGAAGCUGGCACCGGCGAGGAUGCCCUGAAGGACCGGGAACGUUAUCAGCGCGAGAAGGAAGCUAUUGCCCGAUCUCACGAAAAGGAUUUGGAGAAGACUUCCGGUGGCCACCGGAACGAACCAGUUAAAAUUAGUUUUAUUGAAAACGAAUGGCUAGCAGAGACAGCGAAGAAUAAUCCUGUCAGCGAAGGUGUCGCAAGUGUUUGUGAUCGCGCAAGUGCGCAUGCAAACGUUGGAUCGCAAAUUGGAGCAUUUGCAGAGUCAGAUUGUAACGCGGCCCCUGCUAGCGUAACUGUCGGCUCGGUAACCAGAAUUGUUGUGGAAGCAACUGACAUGCGAGAGAAUGACCCGAAGAAGAAGGGACUUAACCAGCACGAAAUAGAAGCUUCCGGUCGAUCUGACGACAUGGAGCUCGAGAAGAAGACCGAUUCCUACCGAAAAGACGCCAAGGAAGAGGCUGAGCUGAUCCGCAAGGAACUGGAGAAGCAGGAUGAGCGUCCCAAGAAAAUUUUUGGCAAGGCCAUAGGGCGCCAUCCGCUGGAGCAGGAGACCAAGUACGCCAAGAAGGAGCAGCAACGUGAACACCACCUGACCGAGGAAUCUUUGGACAAGAGCCGCGUGGCCACCAACAUCGACGCGUCCAUGGACGCUUUUGCGAGCGGCAGUGCACGGACUGUGUCAAAACCUGUUAAUACUUCCGAGGUUCGCGAGAAGGAGAAGAAAUCCCUGUUCGAUAAGUUUAAGAGUACCUUUGGGCGUCGCUGAGCCAUUCGGUGGAGGCUAUUUGUAUUCCUACGCAGCUGGUUCGCUCCUGCGCGUCACACAUUCUUCCCCUUGGUUUCCUUUAUUAAUUUAAUCUCACUAAUUGCACACCCUAGGGACGUCGCGAUGUUUACUACAUAUUUCUCAAUGUUGCUGGAGGAUUUUAUUUGGCUACUUUGGUGUUUGUACCGGAAGGUGGUUUUGCAUCAAACUUGUGGAAUACUAAUAUUUAUAUUAAUUUUUUGUAUCA